AAUUAGAGGUACUGCUUCUCAUUUACUAAGGUUCCAUUUAUCAAAACAUUUCAUUAUUUCUCCCGCAUGAAUAUAAUGAUACUCUAGGAAUAUUACAAUAUAGGUGCAAAUCUAUAAUCAAUAAUGUUUGUGAUAUCAACAUUGUCAAAACAGUAGUAGCCGCAAAAACGCAGCUAUGAAUUUACUCGAAAAAGCCGAGAAAUCCCUUGAAUAUUUGAAAAACUAUGAAGGAGUUGCAAAAGGUCAUGAAUUGCAACCUGCAGCCGGAACAUUGGGUCGCUGUCUGGGUGCGCUAGGAGCUCGAUCCAAUUGCGCUCGACACUAUGCAAAUUUAUUAAGCACGGCUGUACCCACUCUACUAUCCCUUGCCAGCCAUGAAAGCGCAGAAGUAAGGUUGGUGGGAGAUGAGGCAUUAAAUAGAGUCAUUGUUGGUGGGUUUGCUUUUAAUGCAUAUAAGACAAAUGCUAUCUUGCUAAAUCAUAUUGAUGCCAAUAAGAAUGCAAGAUGGAAUCGUGCUGCCAUCAACAGAAUCUGUCUUGGAGAGUCCUGGUUACGCCCAGGUAUGGGAAAAAUAAGAUCCCAUGCACAAGCUUUGUUCCCAAAACUGAGUCAAAUUAUCAGAAGCACUACUGAGUUGCAGCUUGUGGUGGAAGCUUUAGAAAGCAAUUUACCAAGAUUACUAAAUGCCUUAGCUGAAUAUAGUACAGAUGAAGAAAUCUAUGAUCUCUCUCGUUCUCUAAUAUGCCGUGUAGAAUGUGUGGAAGCAUCUGUCCGACGCGCAAUAAGCUCUUGCCUUGGCCAUUUAUGUGUGCACAGGGAGACACUUCUUACACAGAUACUGGAUAAAGCUUUUGAGAAAUUGUGGCCAAUGCCAGUUGAAGACACAACAGCUAUCAGCUGGUUUAGUGUGAUCAAAGCUGUAUUUCAAAUUAAUGAUGUCAAUAAAUUUACUGAAAGUGAUCUAUUUACUGUACAGGACUAUUUGGAAUUAUACCAGCUGUGUAUAUGUUACAUAGAAGCGUCAAACUCGCAUAACGCGCAAAAUGCAGUACUGGAGUGCCUUUAUGUAUUACUGGGGCUCCCGGGGCCGCAUAAACGGGGUCUCACUGCAUCCAAACCAUUAUCCGUAUCAUUAGAUCAACGUAACGCACGUAAAGGACAUCGCCGUAAUUGCAGUUACACAAGUGCGAUAUCCUUUAAUGUAACACAACUUCCAUUGGAAUCACGGGAAACGGAAUUCGCCCUAACUGGAGCUCUACAAUUGGGAAGUGUUCUGAGAAUUGGUACACCUACAUCGAGUAUAGAUGACCUUAACAUACAGACUCCAGAAAGUCCAGAGAGUGAGAUAGAUAGUGAGGUGGAUGCGGUGCAGCUAUCCCGUGCCUUGUCCGAACGAUUCCAACGAUGCGACGAUACUGAUGAUGACGAUGUUGCUAGUAGAGAAUAUGUUAAUAAGAUUAAUAUAGGCCGAUCGAAUGAGGAUCCGAGGGUGUUAUAUUGCGCGCGGCUUAUUACUUCGCGAUUCUUAUUGGCUGGAUCUAGAGGGGAAUUUGUGUCUGAUAGAUCAGUACGUGUGUCUGUUAAGUCCUCGGCUUUGUCAUGUUUGAGUGCGCUUUUGCGAUUGGCACCACAUUUACUGACACACUAUCUGGACAAGGAUGCUGAUCUAAAGCUAUUGAACUGCUCAGGAUCAUCAGAAGGUACCGAUUCAAAUCAGGAUAACAUAAACGAAUUUAUUCUCGAGCGAAAUGUCUGCUAUCAAGAUUCAAUUACAGAAUCUAUUAGCCAGGACUUAUUAAAAAGCUCUGAUAGCAUACUAACUUCAAAGAAAGACGCCAAAUCAUUAGAUAAAUCGCUUGAAAGCGAGUUGAAAAGCUCUAAAGAUGUAGCAAGUAAUAUUCUGGAUAGCAAGUUAGUUGCCAGCGGCUUCAGUGCUGAUACGAACAUGACUAUCAGUAACUUAACGUCAACAACAGACGGACAGUCAACCGGUUACCCUAUGACCAGUAGUGGGGUCCUAUCUUCAAGCAUAGAUUUGGAUAUGAAAUUCGACCAUUUUGGUGACAUAGAAGUCAAAGAAGAACCUAUAAAAGAGAGAGUAGUAGAGUCUGAGAGUAAGAGUGAGGAGAUUGAGUAUCAGCAUAUGAGUGAAGUGCUUUUGUUGAGUGACCACAAUGAUCCUCAGGUGCGAGGAUUAGUGCGCAAUUGUGUGGGGAGUUAUUUGGUAGCAGCUUUGCAUGUAGCGCAGGGUGACUAUAUUAACUGGCGGAGUUAUACUGCGCUACCGAGAGAUAUUGCCGAUGUCCUUGCGGUUGAGAAACUAGUCGAUCUUAUAUUAAAAGGUUUGCAUGAUGAAAUGCACUCAGUUGUAUCGGCCACAUUAUCUACAUUAACCUAUUUGGCACCUUCACUGUGUCACUCGAUUGGAUCAGCUCUGGCAGAAAUAGGCACAGUAGCAGAUAAUUCAUAUUGGCUUUGUCGACUUAAUCUUGUGCAGUUUUAUGAAAAACUACCGUAUCAGAGAUUGUUUAUGCUGUGCCCUGCAUAUAAGAGUCAUAGUGAGGCGAUACUUAACACGCUCUUCCGUCUGCUGGCAGAUCAGGACCAGAAAGUGAGAAAUGCUGCAGCUAAAGCUAUUGCCAACAUCACACCAAUUAUUCACCCGAAACCUCGAACCACCCCUAUCACAAUGCUAACGGAAACAUCACGGCAGAUGAGUCGAUUGUUUUCCUCUGAGGAUAGACGCCUUUCGUUAGAGCGAGUGAGAGAGAUGUACUUCUAUCAGGACCUACCUGAACAGAUGAAGAGUGGGGAUAUAUUGCAAGAUAAGGACACGUUGAUAGUGAUGGUAUCUGAUAUUAUGGGGCGACUGAUGGCUUCUAAUUGUAAGAACUAUACGCAAGGCCUUCUUUCCACCUUACGUGAGAUAUGUCAGCGGUGGUCACCAUGGCAUCAUAGCGCAUACCACGGUCUGGGUAUUUUGGCCUACUGUCUGGCGAGAAUUGAAUGCUGCCCUGGUACUGUGCCCCUCCACACCACCUGUCUUGAUAUAUGCCGGCUUGUAUACCCAGCUGAAAUUCAUAAUAUAAUGCGGGACAAAUCCAAUCGUGACAUAUUCGAAACACAAGAAGUGAAAGAGAAGUGGCAACACUUGGAAAAUGAUAGAGUUGCCAGCCUUUCGGAGAAAUUCCUCCAAGUGACGCUAAAAAUGCUGAACGUUCUCGUUCAUUUGAUUGAGGAGGUCAACCCUAAUGUCCAUAUCAAUAAGAGUGGAAUUGCUUUGCCUGGAAGCCCAGUACGGCGGAAGACACAAGAACUAACUCCGAGGAAAAGCAGUUUAAGUUCUGAUACGGUUGACGACAAAGGUCUUAAGAAGAAACCGCACGUGCCUCCGAACAGUUUGAAAGCCAACUUCGUCGGACAUUUCUAUACUGAACCCGUUUAUAUGAAGCUCUACGAUAAUUUGAGAGCAACUUAUUCUAAUCAUAAGAUAAACCUCGACGCAAAAGGCAGUAUAUUCUACGAUUUCCUUUCAACUACAUUAAAAUCUCUAGCAAUACAACUAGAGUUAUCAACUGAAGUCGAAAUAGGUCCUAUCACUGAAGAAUUACUCUACUACCUAAAAGUUAUCAUGCCCCUUUGCCCGGAAAAUACAGUAUACUGCGUGACUCAGCUCCUAAAAUGCCUUUUCGGGACGAAUAUUAUCAACCAGUACGCUGAUUUCAUGAGCAUUGCCAAUAAAGAGGAGAAGAAAGAAAAAUCCUGUUUCUUUGACGACGUGAUGCUGAUAAAUAAUAUAAGUUUUGAGUCUGAGUCUAGACGUAGUAGCGUCUGUUCCAAUGCAAGUCAGAAGUUUUCGGAGAAAAAUCCGAGAAUUAUUAGAGAGAGAGAACUGUUGAUUGCGUUGGAGAAUUUCAAUAAAAACAGGAUGGAAAGGAAAUGGGGAAAUAAUAAGAAGGAGUUGGAGAGAUAUAUUCGCUUGUUCGAGCCGGUUGUCAUACAGGCGCUUAAGACGUACACUGUAGCCAGCGCAACUGGUGUAUGGAGCUCAGUGCUGUGUCUGCUUGGAAGGCUUCUGGCAUUGCGAGUCAACUACUGCAUGUUGGAUACCGACCAGCUUUUCAUUGGCUUUCUCAUGAAGCAGCUGGAACUGCUUGAGCAUCAUGAGAUACCGAAUUGCUGUGAUUUAGUCAAAAGUAUUAUGUUGUUUCUGGUUCAAUUAUCCUCAUCAAAGCACCACACGAAGCAAAUUAUUGAAAUUCCUAAGCUUAUUCAACUGUGUGAUGGUCUGAUGGCAUCGGGUGCUCAAGACGAAUGUAUCGCGGGCUUAGAACCCGUAGCACUAAAGGUUUUCAGCAAUAUAGGAGGAUCUGGUAUAGGUACUGGUGGAUUAGGUCGUGCCCAACAGCAAGAGAUUCAAGCGACCAGAGAAGUUCUGUUUUAUAUGUUGCAAAAAACGAUGCAUCUACCUAAGGUGUUAGAAGUAGUAUCGUGUGUUAUAUCUCUGUCCCAAGAGCAACCAGAAAAUCAGUACCGUUGGUGUGAACUCGCAAGUGAUACGUUAUUGCACGUGCUCGCUGAACGCAGCGCUGAAUGCGAAUACGCGCACGCGCUACGAUCGCUUGAGGCGUUGCUGGAAAUUAUAUCAAAGGAUGUGCUUCUGGAACAGACGAGAGUUGAGAUGUUGCUUAAGAUUUUAUUCAAAGCUCCGCCAGAGCAGGCAACAACACCACGAAAGUUAAAGUUGCGAUACUUAUCUAUCAUAUUAGUACUUCUUCGCAAAGUACUCGUACUCAUUCCAGAAAGCGAGAUCCUGCUAUCAAUAAAUUACCUAAAAGCGACUUGUAUCGCACCUCAAUCAAUAUUCUUCAACGUUAAACCCAACAUUGACCCGUUAAACGUCCAAAACGUGAACGAAACUUGUGCGAAUUUAUCUCCCGAUGUGAUCCUAGUACGAUUUCUCUUCAAAACGUUAACGUAUGCCAUGAUAGAGCUGGAUGACGUAACAACUGGUUAUGAAGCGCUGUCAGAACAUGAUGAAUUACUGUAUUCUGUGAGCGUUGGACUUGUAGUGCAAGUUAAACAUAUGCUGCAUUUGACAAAUGGUUGCGGGUUCCCAUUAACAGCAAAGAGUGCCCAAAACCUUCUACACCAGGAACAGAGUGGUUUGAAUACUGGCCUUUAUAGUCCCGAAGAGAAUAUUCCACUUGACGAUCUGAAUCGACGAGUUUUGAGGGCCCGGACUGCCCUAACUAUGCACUGGUCACAUUUACUUAUCAGGUUAAAUUUCCUCUCUCAUAAAUACUGGCAGAAACUUAUCGGUUUCUCCCGGAGUUUGCCUUUAAGUGCUCGUGCCACUCAUUACGCGCACGCCCAUCACGCUGACGCCACACAACUGGCUGUAGCGUUAGCUUACUGCGAGUAUUUUGUCGAAAACGGUCUAGGAGAAGUGGUCCACUUAUCGUGGUUAGUGGGAAGUCGUGCACAUACCCUGGUGUCUCACUGCACGGAACCACUUGUGGCCGCGUUGCUGUCGGCCCUGCAACGAUGCUCCGCUACUAGUGCCUUGCUGCUUCAUGCAAUCGCUGCUAGGUGUCAGCCUUGUUUACAGGGUGAAUUUGCUUUGAAUACGUAUAAAGUGCUAUCUUCAUGUCAUGAGAGUCAGUUAGGACCUUUGGUUUUCUUCAUAUGUAGAAUCAUUGGCAAGUUGGAGCCUUCCAUUGGUGCAAGAUUCUCGCAGCUAGCGAUAGAGAGAUGCAAAGAUUUACGAGAUAUGGGUGAAGAUGGCGUGAAAAAACAGCUCAGCAAGGAAGAUGUUCAAGUGGCCUUGGAACUUUUGCAGCGGGACCGGGCGCAUCAAAGAUACGCAAGUCUAGUCUCAGAGCUGAACGCUCUGGCAUCAACUGUGUUUGAUUUGUCACCUCUGGCAUUAGCGCAAGAGCGUAUAGUUAAUCCUCAAACGAUUCGUACUACGACAAUCGAUCAACAAUGGCUGUUGUUGCAAGCUAAGACUGGGUGCUGUCAGCGUGAAAAUUCUCUACCAAAAGUCUCUCGAUACAAUGAUUUAGCGAACUUACUUUCGAAAUUACCUCUGGAAGAUCUCACAACUAUUAUGUCCUGUCCAGAGUUUGACAGAAAAAUAAUAAGUGUAUGCUUCAAAGUCACAUGUAAUACCUUCGUUAGGGAAUUUCUCAGCGCAUUAUCAGUAAACGAAUUGAAAGAGACGGAACAAGAAACGAUUAGGCAGCAAAGAGAGAUGGCAAGAAGUAAAGAAGAAAUGACCGCGUCCGUUGACAGUAAUAAAUUAAACGUUGUCAACAUACACGUUUUCAAAAAGAGCGAUAAUAAAGAAUCAAAAUCCCAAUUCUUUAUUCCCAUGACUUCGAUUGACAAUGAAGUUCAAGAGAGCUUCGGCAGUUUGACAAUUACCGAAGAGGAAUGCGAAAUAUCAGUGCCAGAGUUGCCGAAAUUGUACAUAGCCAGUGUAUCUACAUUGGACAAGUCGUUGGCAGACAUUUUGAGACUCUUCCCAAAACAAAACCGACCGCUGAGCCAAUCCGAGAAUUUUAGCCUUAACAAAGAGCAGACAAUAGACAGGUACACUCGGCGUUGUCAUCAAGUGUUCCAAGACAAAUUGUUUUACCAAGAGUUUAUGACUAUACAAACAAUUCUUUCUGGUUACCUAAAGGCGUUAGACAAAAUCAUCGCCGUAAUAGACGAAACGGACUGCGAUCUGGUCGAAAAAUGUAUAGAGAAUCUAUUACCCAGUUCCUUAGCUCGUAACUUGGCCAUUUUUAGCGUUGUAUCUCUUCAGUAUAUGUCAUUUUUGAUAAGCAACAAAAAAGUAGUGGAAGCACCAGUGAACGCGGAAGUGUCGUUUCGCGCGAAUUUACCCACAGACAAUAUUUGUGUAGACAAUGUUUUAAGGGUGACCAUAAAGAAUGUUGCGAAAGCGUUGAACUUUGAGGAGAUUUGGUGCGAACUGAACAUUGACAGUAAUUUAAACAGGGUACAGUCAGCUAUAUGCUGUUUAUAUGCGGUUGUGAAAUAUUUAGUUAAGGAUCGAAAGCCGCUGAUCUCAAAGUCCCAUAUACUUGGGGACGACGGCCCCAAAGCGGAUAUAAUGAUAACUGGGAACAAAUUGAUUACAUUAAUUGAAUAUUGGGAGGAGAAUUUCUAUGUGAAAAUGGAAAAAUUGGGAAAGUACGAGAAGGUGAUAGAAAGUUUGAUUAUAAGGUUGGCUCGUUUUGAAGCUGUGAGUACUAUGUCUCUAAUACCGCCUAUAGCGUGGGCGAGUGGAGAAGUGAAGACGCGAGGCCCACUUGAAUUGCCCUUACGUGCGCUUCAGGAUAUGGAUGUGUUGCAAUCUUUCUUGUUCAGGGUAAACUUAAUAGGUUGGUCCUCAAAGAAACAGUUUGAAGAGAUUUGGGUUGGUUUAGUGGGGGCGUUACAAGGCAACGGGCCACAUUGGGCGGUACGUGGCAUUAGUCAGUUGUUGGUGACGGCCGCACCCUACGUACGAGGCAAGGGGAUACUACAUGUUCCAAGGGUCUAUUUACCGUGGAACGAUGGUAUGCAAAGAUUGCGAAACAUCCUAGUCGGGACAUCUGCGUACAGAAUAUUUGAGGACAUAAAUUUGGAACGCGUCCCACUACAACAAGACAACAUUGCCGGGUACCAGUACGCACAGUUUAGUACCGAGUACCUUAAACUGGCUUCGGAUCUUGUAGACGAGGCCCACUACCGUGUACGUAGAGAAGUGAAACGCAAGCGGAAGUGUACGGAGAUAGACGUAAACAGUUGCGUACAAUUAUUGAUGGAUGUCGCUACUGAUAUGCUUGAACCACAGGCACCAACUGGUCUCGCAGCCCGUGUUGCCCUACUAUCGGCUAUUACGAAUACCAGCUCAGUAUUCAGUUCGGCCAAUAUAUGGCGACGGGCUGGUACUCAACUAAGUGCCUUGCACGCCGCUCAAUGGCCGCACGCUGCUUCAGCGGCCCUACACGCUUUAGCCCAUUGCCUCCCCGUGCUGCAUGCUGCAGCGCCAGGCGACACGAAACAGGAAUUAACGGCAGUGCAUGAGAAGUUGUUGAAGUCUCUAUCGGCAAGUUAUGCGCCGCUGCGACAAGCCGCGUUAAGGGGAUGGUUGCUGCAAUUGCCUUAUGCGGCCGCUAGUGAUACAUUGCCAGAUUUACGACAAGUUGUAGUACGUCAAUUGGCUGACCCGUCCCGGAUAUCCGUUUACGAGCAGAGUCUAUAUUGGGCGGUGCUAUUCUCUCUGGCGCCAGAUCAAACCCUUUUAGCCGCUAAUUUCUUGGCUGCAAACCCCCACCACUAUUGUGCGGAACUCGUUGCAAGGGGUAUCAUAUCUGUGUUACGAAGACAAGUGUUGCCAAAGGAUAUCAAGAAAACUCUCGUAGAAAAACUUUUAGAAAACAUGAACAAGUUCUCUGAAGAACACGCAGUUCAAAUACUUCUUGUUCAUUUGUUUUCUGCGGAUAGCAAACUCCUAUCGUCAGGCCGUCGCGAAGUAUCAGACAUGGAUCCUGACGUACUCAUGAGCGCAAUGGAACGUAUAACGCGCUUAUACGCAUCCUUACGUCACGUUUCACGUCCCGACGUACAAAGUAUAUGUGGCAAUGCAUUGCGGCAUUUAUUAAGAGAAACUCUACCGCCUGCUGCGACACUAAGCCGAGUCUUAAUAGAGCUUUUAGAUACAUGCAGAAUGGCUGAGGCAAUUGUGCCUGACCCUUUGAGUGAUAGAGACGUCUGCGUGCGCGCAGCUAUCGCUAACUGUGAGGUUGUUUUUGAGGUAUUCCAAACAUCACUUUCUCAAUCUCAAUUACCAGUUCUCAGCGGUUGGUUAUUUGAGGCUUUAGGACAAUUAGUCAGUGGGAGGGUCUCUCCUAAGCUCCUCCCACAUGUGCUAUUGCCACUUUUAGUCGCCGCUUCGCCCCUCCCACUUUUGAGGCAUACGCAGUCUUUGGCACUACACGUGUUCCAUAGUGGGUUCUAUUCGCAAGUGAAACAAGAUUUUGGGAUAUUCAGCGACUUAUUCAGAAGCACAAAUACUAUGUCAUUCUCCGAGCGUCGGUUGCUUUGUCUAGUGGCUCUUCACUCACAGUUUACAGACCAACAGUUGCUCAGAUUGCGAGAGUUGUGUGAAGAUAACGAGUAUUUGACUGAUUUAAGACAAUGCUUGCUAGAUGUUACUAGCUAGUGGCAAGUGAAAUAAGAUAUUAGAAAAGAGGCCACUACAAAAGAGCAAAUGCGUUUAAUGAUUUUAGAACAACGUUCUAACGGCGAGCGCUAUUGUGAUGUAUGUUAUAGAAUGCUUGGCUCGUAAGAAUAAUAUAAGGUAGAGAAAUCCAUAAAAGAAAGAACUAACAAAUGAGGUAAUAUAGUUACAUUGAAAGGUUAUCUAGGAUGGUAGGAUAUCAAAAACCUUUGUUUCACGAAAUAUUAAUAUUUGCUUUGUAGACUAAUAUAAUAUUAUACGAAAUUUUAUUCAUAAUGUUAUGUGGUUAAUAUUUUAAAAAAUAAUUGGCAAUAAAAGAACGUCAUUUGUUGACAAUUGACAUGUGUCAGUAAUCAUAGACAAGAAAUGUUGUCUGUGCACUACUAUUAAAAAUUGUAUUCACAAUUAACUCAUGUGUUCAUGCAGAACUAAAUUUAGCUUAUGUCACACCAUAUAGAAACAAUAAUUGGUAUAGACUUGACUGUUUUAUGUAUGUUACAUUUAUAAAUUAUCUGUUAGAUAUAUAUAAGAUAGAUUCUUAAAUUAUUAGUGAAAUGCACACACAAGACGUGCAAAUGAUCUGCCAAAUUAUUACUGUUUCUUACUCAUACUAUGGGAUAACAAGAGACAGAAAUAUUCUGCAUUUUGCGCUGAUAACUUAGAAAAAAUCUGCAACCAGUACAAAUUGUUAUGUCGGGAGUAGAUUUUUGUGAUUUGUGGCCGCUAUAUUAGUAUGUACUGACAUUUUUGUUGAUGUUAUUGCUUACAAUUUAAAGUACCAAUAGUUUUCAGUUAUGUCGUGGUUAACCGCAUUAUUAGCUUUAGUGACGUCAUUUACAUCGUGAGAUUACAGAAAUUUAAUAAAUAAAAAAUGUAUGUCUUCACUUAGGUAAUCUUGUAUUUUGAUCAUUUACUUCACUUGGUCUUUUUUAUUAACAUUAAUUAAAUUCUAGUUUGAGUACGGGCGUAUCCCAAAAAAUAAGUUAGCCGAGUAAGAUGCGCAGAAAUCGUUAUUCGAUUCUUUCAUACGUACAAUACAUGAUUUUCCUCCACGGUAUAAAAUGCAGAUUUUGGAGUGAAACGUACGUGCCGGGACUUGCGCACCUAACGACCUAAUGGAAAUAAUGAUUCAUACAAUCAUAUGGGGAACAGAGAAAUUUAGAUUUUCUACUUCACUUUCAUUUACAUUCCUUAAUUCUAAUCACUUAGUUAUUAAGCUAAUUGUGUUAACUUAACUAACUAUUAUAAGAUUAUAUUAUUAGUAUUUUUAAUUUAUAGCCAAAUCACUAGUAGUAAAUACAUAAUAUAUUAAAUGUAAAUUUACCACCCUUUUGAAUCGCAUGAAUAAUAGACCAUCUUUUAUUUUAAAAUAUAUUUUAAUAAUAUUUCAAUUUGUGGUCCAAAUGUUAUAACUACUUAGUGGUUUCCCUGUAUUAAAAAGUCCGCUUAAAUAUAACAGCUUUAAAAGUAAAUCAGGAAUAGGGGAGUGUGACUUUUUAAUUAAAGACGAAAUCGUUGUACGUUCUACUCUGAUUGAUCAACAUUUCUAUUCUAAUAGGCGUUGAAACGUGACGUCAUGUAUAACAUGACCUCAGUUUGUCCUUGAACACAAUCGUUAGUUUCAUUCUAGAUUUUCUCAGCUCCACACAUUUACAACCUCACACCCACAGGUUUAAAAUAAAAAUUUGAUUGUCUCUAAAAUGUUUAAGGACGAUCAUUUUACGUGAUAACAUCAUAAGAAAACUUUGCAUGUCAUUUUACAAAUGCAUUGGUUACAAUCAUUUUCUUUGGCGCCGUCUGCCUUGAUUCUAGUCGGAUUGCGUUCGUCUUUUAGAUGGUGUGCGCUUUCUUUUCUCUUUUCCCUUAUUUAAAUUUAUUUCCUUUAUUAUGAGUCGAUCAAAUCGAUUGAGGGCUAGAUUUCCUUUAUUUCUUUCUUCUUGUUGUAGGGAUUUUAAUUAUUUUCUUUUCUGCAGUACUUCUUUGGGGUAGUCUUCAGACACGUAUAUGUUUGUAGGGAAUCUUUUGUUGUUUUUUAAGAUUUCAAUUUUUCUCCAUGCUAGAGUAAACUUUAUGAGAAUAACGCAGGCCGCGUUUCUGGUCGACUUUAGAGCAAAGUCUAAGCGCUUCACUUAUUUCCCAUUUAUCAAAGUUGUCCAGCGUGCAAUCUUUAACCACCUCAUUAAGAACUUCAGGACCAGUAGGAGUUCUGCAUUAUUUAUUUCAUUUUCCUCUACUCAGUGCAGAGAUAAACAUUUUUUCUGACUUAUCUCUUCAGAUUUUGCACCUUAUAUUAUCUAUCUCAAUCUCUUGUUCCGCGCUUUUGCUUGCACGCUCAGCUCAGGCAGAAUGUAUUUUCCACUUUUCGCGUAGAUUUUUGGCGACUAAUUCCUGCAAAUGUUUUUACACGACAAUUGUUGUGUUUUUAGCACUGAUGCACUUAUUUUUAUCACUUUUAUUAUAUAAAAUCCAGGAGUCCGGAAGCCGAAUCCGAAACUUCUUUAUGACCUUAUUUUUUUGUGGUGAUAACUCAUACCAAUUUGUAACAUAUCUAUACUAGAUAUUUGUAUCUUGAGAACGGGCUAGAGCCUCUCGACCUAAUUCUACGUUAUAUUGGGUCCUCAAAUGCUUUAUUUUCUUUGUUAUGUCGAAAACCGAUAUUCUAAAUACAUUUGCAAUCGAACGAAGCUCUUGUUUGCAAUUUUGUUUCUCGCGACCUGAUUCACCAAUCCGACUAAUUUCAAGAUUUUCUUGCGAGACCAUUGCACAUCAAAACUUCCAAACCCAAAUUCUGCGGCAAGAUUGUCAGACAUGUCAGAGACA